AUGAUGUCGUCCGGACGACCGGACGUGCGUGAUACCAGCGAUGCCAGCGAGUGGGUCACAUUGCUCGAACGCUCCUUUGCUGGCGCACGUCGAGACCUUGUAGGCCCCAGAGCCUGGAAAUCGGUGAUCCCAGUGGUUGGGCGGCGCUAUCCUGACGAGAUCUUCAGCUUCCUUCGUGGGGCAAAGUGUUUGGGUCCUUCAGAAGUGGAGAAGCUCUCGGAGAUCCGAGGAUGUCCCGACCUUGCAGCAGGAGGCUGGCAGCCCUUCUUCGCAAGCCUCGCCCCAGAGGACGGCCUCCAAGAUGGCCGUGUGGUGGACUUCCGCCAGUCAAGUUCACCAACCAGGCUGGAUGUACCCACUUGCAGACGCAUCUCUUACCGCUUGAGAGAGGACGCAGCCGGCAUCGAAGUUCGACUCGAGGUGAACUUACGCCGCGCCUUCGCCAUGAUGCUGCACACCAUCAGGUUCCCUGCUUCAGGCUACGAGGCGGACUGGCGCAUCUGGCCCGGUACGCCACCAGACCUUGGGCCUCUGAAGCCGCUGAAGCCGCUCAACUUCCGGCUUCUGGACAACAAGCUGGAUGUCAGGCAUCCGUCGCCGCCCAACUUCCGCGUGCAGCUCCGCCCCGAGCAGCUGAGAUCGCUGAGUUGGAUGGUGCAGCAGGAGGUCGGAGACCAGCUCCUGACCAUGGUCUAUCGCUGCUACUGGCAGCGGGAACGUCCAGAAGAGGCAGCCCCACGAAGCCUGGCACUGGACUGGACGUUGGACUGCCGCAUCAUCACCUCCUUCGAGGCUCGCGGAGGCGUACUGGCUGACGAGAUCGGCUAUGGAAAGACUGCCCUGGCAAUCGCCUUGCUGGACGUGCGAGACGAAGGGCCGUUCUUCCCAGUUCCAGACGCUGAUCGUGGCUUCUUCUUCGAAAGCAAGAGCACUCUCAUCUGCAUUCCGUCUCACCUUCACGGACAGUGGGCUGAUGAGUUUCUGAAAUUCACGGGCAGCAAGUACAAGCUCUUGAGCUUGAGCAGGGAGAUUGACUUGCAGAAGGCUACUGUCAGGACGUUCCUUGAGGCGGAUGUGGUGUUGUUCGACUACCACCUCUUUCAACGCAGCUCCUAUAUCAAGCGGCGCCAGGAACUCGCUGCCUUGGCAGUUCCCCAGUCCCCGUCGGACAGCUUGCAAGACGAGUUUUGUGCUAAGAAGCAUACAGAUGAUGCGCCGCUCAAAGCCUUACACUGUGGAACUUUCACUUUCUUGCGAAAGCCCAUUCCGCACGCCUGGGACAGCUUCCUCGAGAGAAAGGAUGUCGAGGACCCGUCGCUGUGCGCACAGCGUCUGCGCUUCCCGGUGUUGGAGCAGUUUUUCUGGCGACGGGUCGUCUUCGAUGAGUUCCACGAGCUUGGAGAUGAUCUUUGCCGCAACUUGUCCUCUUUGCGUUCGCACCAUCGCUGGGGCCUCACUGGGACGCCUGCACUGCAUGGCACGAAGCACGUCGCCCGCAUGGCCUCGAUGCUCCGGGUUGACGUGGGCGGGCCAGGCAUGCGACACAGCAACAGUGGCGACAGCAACCCCGUUGUAGAGAAUUGCGGGCGGUUCUUGGAUGCUUGUGUUCGGCAAAACACUGCCGAGCUUCCGACUAUCAGGAUCGUUCAGCACCUGAAGUUUGUGCGGCAUACUGCACAAGAGCGUGCGCUGUACUUGUCGGCGUGCCAAGCUCCGGUUGAGAUGGAUGGAGUGGAUGGCAACCUCUGCCGGAACAGGAAGCUCUUGCAGCUUUGCUCGCAUUUCAAUGCAGAGGAGCUCGAAGCAGAGGAUGCCGACGAGGUCUGCGGUCGGCUGCUGAAGUGCAGGCAGCAAGAGGCUUCCUCGGCAAAGGAGGGGGUCCGGAAAUCGGCGAGGUGCCUGGAAGGGCUUGAGCGCUUGGGCUUCGGGCACGGCCUGCCUCCUGGCUUGCCGGACUUGCCGGGCUUGGAAGCUGUCCCAAAGGAGGUCCAGACCAGUCUCGAGACUUUUCUGCAAGAAGCUCGGGAAGAGGCGCGUGGCCUGAGCAUGGAAAGCCUGGCCGUGCCCAGCCGCUGGACAAAGUUGGCAAACAGCUUGAAGAGCUCGGACAGAGAGGAAGUGGAAGUGGUGGAAGCCUCGAAACGCAGGGAGGUGGCCAAGCUGGCCAGGGAGGGCGUCGAGAAGCUGCAGCUGGCCUUGGUGGAGCUCGCACGGUGCCUGAAGCGCCUCGGCUUCCUCGAGCGGACCUUGGAGUUGGUGGAGGAAGGCUCGGACGCCUCCACCCGGUCAUGCAGCAUUUGCUACGAGGAGAACUUGGAGCUGGAGCAGCUGGGUAUCACACCCUGUGCCCACGUCUUCUGCCUCCGCUGCCUGCACGAGCAAGUCUCGAAGAAUCGCAGCUGCGGCCUGUGCCGGCAGCCGCUCCAAAAGGCAGACAUCCAGCCCUUGAUGCUCGAAGUGUGCAGAGAGGAAGGGACCGAGGCGAUGGGAGCCAUGGGAGGGCCCUCCAUGGGAGGGCCCUCCAGCGCCUCCAGCGCUUCUUCGGGCGCUGCGGACCCGGAGCUGAAGCGCCUGCGGAAGUUCGGCACCAAACUCGGAGCCAUCGCUCUCCAACUCCGUGAGAUUAAGCAGAAGGAUGGCCUGGCCAAGUGCAUCGUCUUCUGCCAGUGGGAGAGCUUGUUGCAAAAGAUUGCUGCGGCCUUCAAAGCUUUUGGCAUCCGCUACGCGCGGCUUCAUGGCUCGGUGUAUGCUCGCACGCGGACGUUGGCCAACUUCAAGUCUACGGACUCGGAGGUCGAUGUCCUCCUUCUGUCCCUGGAGCAAAGUGCCAGUGGAACCAAUCUCACAUGUGCCAAUCAUGUCAUACUGGUGCACCCCAUGAAUGCCGUUGACCAGGAGCAGUCCGUUGCCUUCGAGCUCCAGGCCAUCGGUCGCGUGCGGCGUUGGGGUCAGAAGCGCACCGAGAUUCAUCUCUGGCGCUUCUGCACAAUUGGCACCGUGGAGGAAGAGAUCACCAGAAAGCAUCAGAAGGAAAUCUAUGAGACCUACCGACAGGGCGAUCUAUCGUCCGAGGUGGAGCAUGUGGAGUCCAAUGUGGAGCGUUCUGGCGAGGUGCCGGCAGCUGGCAAGCGUAAGCGAGAAGACUCCCCACGGAUGCAAGACGGCAGGGGCGGCAGGGGCGGCAGGUGGUCAUGCCCUCGAUGCACGUUAUUGAAUGAUGCUGGGGCAAUGGCCUGCGCUGCCUGUGAACAUCCCGCGGGAACCGCGGGCACCGUCGGAACUGUGGAAAAGAAACAAGGUUGUGAGCCUGCUGGGCGUCGCUUCAGCCAGUGUCUGGCGCAACCGCCGCCUGGGAGCCCAGUGGAUCUGGACACCCUGAGCUCCUCGAGCUCCUCGAGCGAGUCCGCACCGAGAAGAAAUGCAUUGAACCGUUCGCUUGGGGGUCGACAGCUACCUGUCACCUGUUUUCGUUCAUUGUUGUUCACGUUGCCUCAGCGUUUUGCUUCUCAUUUCUGCCAUGCCACGCUAUGUUCCAUGCCGCAGCCAUACAGGGAGCUUUCCGAAGGGGCCAAAGCCUGCAAAGCCCCGAGCCCUUGGCCCUGA